GAUCUUAAUGAUUGGCUCCCCGUAACAUCGUCUAGGAAUGGAAAAUGGUGGUAUUCGGCUUUCCACAAUGUCACAGCUAUGGUCGGUGCUGGAGUCCUUGGCCUCCCCUUUGCCAUGUCCGAACUCGGAUGGGGACCAGGAGCUGCCAUAAUGAUCCUAUCAUGGGUCAUUACUCUGUACACACUAUGGCAAAUGGUCGAAAUGCACGAAAUGGUGCCCGGUAAACGGUUCGACCGGUACCAUGAACUUGGCCAGCAAGCAUUUGGGGAAAAACUCGGGCUUUGGAUCGUCGUACCACAGCAACUAAUGGUGGAAGUUGGAGUGAAUAUAGUGUACAUGAUUACUGGAGGAAAAUCUCUUAAGAAAUUUCAUGAUACAGUGUGCCCAAAUUGCAAGCAAAUAAGAUUAACCUAUUUUAUUAUGAUAUUUGGCUCUGUACAUUUUGUUCUUUCUCAUCUUCCCAGUUUUAACUCCAUUACUGGAAUCUCUCUUGCUGCAGCAAUCAUGUCAUUCAGUUAUUCGACUAUAGCAUGGGUAGCCUCGGCCCGUCAAGGGGUUCAACUGGAGGUAUCAUAUGCCCCGAGGGCAUCCACUAGUACUGGGAGAGUGUUCCAAUUCUUUAGUGCAUUGGGAGAUGUAGCUUUCGCCUUUGCUGGUCACAAUGUAGUCCUCGAAAUUCAAGCAACGAUCCCUUCAACUCCCGAGAAACCAUCGAAGAAACCCAUGUGGAAAGGAGUGUUAAUAGCUUAUAUCGUCGUUGCUAUGUGUUACUUCCCGGUUGCCUUUUGUGGUUAUGCCGUGUUCGGGAAGAAUGUAGAGGACAAUAUCCUUGUAUCACUAGAGAAACCAGCAUGGCUUAUUGCUGCAGCUAACUUGUUUGUUGUAGUCCAUGUUAUUGGAAGUUAUCAGGUUUUUGCUAUGCCUGUCUUCGACAUGGUGGAAUCGUGCUUGGUGAGGAAGAUGAAUUUCAAGCCAACUCGACGACUUCGUAUUUUUACUCGUACCUCUUACGUUGCCCUCACAAUGUUUCUUGGAAUGACAUUCCCUUUCUUUGGUGGGCUUCUUGGCUUCUUUGGAGGGUUUGCUUUUGCUCCAACAACGUAUUACCUUCCUUGUAUCAUUUGGCUAGCCAUCUACAAACCCAAAAGAUUUAGCUUGUCUUGGUUGACCAACUGGAUAUGCAUUAUUCUUGGAUUUUUACUGAUGAUAUUAGCCCCUAUUGGUGCUUUGAGGCAGCUAGCAUUGGAUGCCAAGGACUUCGAUUUCUAUUCUUGA